CGGAGCAAUCGAGCGGCUGAAGCAGGCGAGCCAGGGCCACCGUUACUCCGCUCUACUCGUCUGGACUACCCGGGCUAACUUUAGCUACAUGUGCUGAGGUCGAAGGGGAAUCUGUUCUCACCUACAACCAUGCCGACAGUUACUUUACCGCCGAAAGAGAACGCUCUCUUCAAGAGAAUCCUGCGAUGUUACGAACACAAACAGUACAGAAAUGGGCUCAAGUUCUGCAAACAAAUCCUGUCCAACCCCAAGUUUGCGGAGCAUGGAGAGACCCUGGCAAUGAAGGGCUUGACCCUGAACUGUCUUGGGAAGAAGGAGGAGGCCUACGACCUGGUGAGAAGAGGCCUCCGCAACGACCUCAGGAGCCACGUCUGCUGGCAUGUAUACGGUUUACUGCAGCGCUCGGACAAGAAGUACGAUGAGGCCAUCAAGUGUUACCGCAACGCUCUGAAGUGGGACAAGGACAACCUGCAGAUCCUCCGAGACCUGUCCCUCCUGCAGAUCCAGAUGAGGGACCUGGAGGGCUACAGGGAGACACGGUACCAGUUGUUGCAGCUACGUCCAGCCCAGCGGGCGUCCUGGAUCGGCUACGCCAUCGCCUAUCACCUCCUGGAGGACUAUGAGAUGGCCGCAAAGAUCAUCGAGGAGUUCAGGAAAACACAACAGACAUCUCCAGACAAAGUAGACUACGAGUACAGCGAGCUGCUGCUCUACCAGAACCAGGUGCUCAGAGAAGCAGGUCUGCACAAGGAGGCCCUCGAGCAUCUUUCCAACUACGAGAAGCAGAUCUGUGAUAAAUUGGCAGUGGAGGAGACGCGAGGAGAGUUACUGUUGAACCUGGAACGUCUCGAUGAGGCAACAGAAGUCUACCGUCGUCUGCAGGAGAGGAACCCAGAGAACUGGUCCUACUACCAUGGCCUGGAAAAUGCCCAAAAACCAAGCAGUCUAGAGGAGAGACACAAGAUCUAUGAAGAAGCCUGGGAAAAGUUUCCUAAAGGACUCGUUCCUCGCCGGUUGCCGCUUAACUUCCUUUCUGGUGAGAAGUUCAGAGAAUGUCUGGACAGGUAUCUGAGGAUGAACUUCAGUAAAGGCUGCCCACCUGUCUUCACCACGCUCAAAUCACUGUACAACGACAAAGAAAAGGUGGCAAUAAUUGAGGAAUUGGUGGUCAGCUAUGAAACCUCAUUAAAAAGCUGUCGAAUGUUCAGCCAAAACGAUGACGGGAAAGAGGAGCCUCCAACCACAUUGCUCUGGGUGCAGUACUUCCUGGCGCAGCACUACGACAUGAUCGACCAGCAGACACUGGCGCUAGAAUAUAUCAACACAGCCAUCGAGAGCACGCCUACGCUCAUCGAACUCUUCCUUAUCAAAGCCAAGAUUUACAAGCAUGCGGGAAACAUCAGAGAGGCUGCCCAGUGGAUGGAUGAGGCCCAGGCUCUGGACACCGCGGACAGAUUUAUCAACUCCAAGUGUGCCAAGUACAUGCUGAAGGCGGGAAUGAUCAAAGAGGCUGAGGAAAUGUGCUCCAAGUUCACACGGGAGGGAGCGUCAGCUGUGGAGAACCUGAACGAGAUGCAGUGUAUGUGGUUCCAGACUGAGUGUGCACUCGCCUACAAAGCAAUGAACAAGUUUGGAGAAGCCCUCAAGAAGUGCCAUGAGAUCGAAAGGCAUUUUGUGGAGAUCACAGAUGACCAGUUUGAUUUCCAUACCUACUGCAUGAGGAAGAUGACGCUACGCUCCUAUGUGGACCUGCUGAAGCUGGAGGACGUUCUCCGGAUGCAUCCUUUCUACUACAAGGCUGCCGUCACAGCCAUCCAGAUCUACCUGAGCCUCCAUGACAAUCCGCUGACCGACGACAGCAAAGAGCUGCAGGCCGACACUGCUAACCUUACGGACAAAGAGCUGAAGAAGCUGAGGAACAAGCAGCGACGAGCCCAGAAAAAGGCCCAACUGGAGGAAGAGAAGAAGAAUGCCGAGAAGGAGAAGCAGCUCAAGAACCAGAAGAAGAAGAAGGAAGACGAUGACGAGGAAAUCGGAGGGCCCAAAGAGGAGCUGAUUCCUGACAAACUGGUCAAGGUAGAAAAUCCACUGGAAGAGGCUGUGAAGUUCCUGAUGCCUCUCAAACACCUGGUCAAAGACAAAAUCGACACACAUCUAAUGGCCUUUGAGAUCUACUUCAGGAAAGAAAAGUACCUGUUGAUGCUCCAGUCGGUGAAGAGAGCGGUGGCCAUUGACCCCGACCACCCCUGGCUACACCAGUGUCUAGUCCGCUUCUUUAAAGGAGUUUCGGAGAGCAAGGAGCUGCCAGAGGUGGUCAGGACGGUGCUGAAGCAGGAGAUUACCCGGCUGUUCGGGGACAGCAAUGCUAAGAGCUUCAACCAGGCCUACCUCACCAAGCACUCCAACUCCAUACCACACCGACUGGCUGCUGCUAAGAUGAUGGCGUAUCUGGACUCAUCAACGGAAACGAAAGCAGCUGAACUGGCCACUGCACUGGACGAGUCGCUCAACAACAGAACCAUACAGAUCUGCACAGAGGUCCUGGAGUGUCUCCGGAGUGGCGUCCUUGGCGACUGUAAGGAACACGCCGAGUCGUACCGCACCGAGUGUCACAAGCUUUACCCCUACACGUUAGCCUUCAUGCCCCCCGGAUACGAGGAAAACACCAAGAUCGCCAACGGAGACGUCUCCACAGAAACGGAGGAGCUGGCCAACGAGAUGUGAGCGUGACGGAACAACAAGC